CAAGGUUAUGUUGUUGUUUGAUAACAAAUUCCCACACGACCGUGCCUGAAAGUGUCUCUGGUGUCUCCUGCACUAAUUUUCGAUUGUAUAUUCCAAGCAAAGAAUAUUUUUCAUAUUUAUCCACACAAUGGUAGGUUACUUUCAACGCCUUAACUAAAAUUCUGCCCAAAUUUUCAUCAUCGUCAGAAAUGCUGCUUCGUGUAGAGUUACAACGGUUGAGCUCCUGCUCUCUAAAUCUAAUCAGGAAUAACAACCUUCUUGGCUCUUCGGUUACUCAUGUGACACGGCUGAAAGCCAAAAGCAUCUUGGACUGUCCGUUAUGGAGGGACUUACAUUGCUCACCUCUCUCCUCGAGUUUUGGAUCUGCAUCGCUAUGUGCCAACUUUGAAUGGCAACAUCGAUGGCUGUCGACUUCACAUAAAUGUUUGAAAAAAAAAGGCAGUUUCAAAAAAUAUGACAAUCUAAAUGAAUUGGAUGAUGAAGAAGAGGAAAAGGACGAAACCUUACUAUUCUCAGACAAAAAACACACCAAAGAGUUCAAUGCCACUUCUACUAGAUUAGAUGGCAUUCUGAAAAGUGGAUUAGGGUACUCAAGGAAGUUUGUUGACCAAGCAUUCUAUGAAAGCAGGGUAAUGGUGAACGGAAAGAAAAGUUUGAAAAAAAGUGAUGUGGUGAAGCUGGGAGACGAAGUAGAUAUUGUGCAUGGUUAUCAUCCAGAUAGUCCUAAAUUUUUGCUUGUCUCGCGUGUGGAACUGAAGGCUGUUGAGCCUAUAGACGAGGACAACCCAGAGGAAGGAAUUAGAGUAAAAGUUUUUAGGCAUAAAAAUAUUAAAAUUAAUAAUUACACACCACCGUGGAAAUCUAGUGGUGGAAGUGGUGGUGAUAAUCAAGACUUUGGAAAUUAACUGGCAUAGAAUUUUGUUCAUCUGCUCAAGUUUUACUUACAUGUAUUGGUGAUUAUCAUCAACCUAUGCAGUGGGAGGCAAGACGUCUUGUUUACAAUUAAGAGUUAAGUGUAUGCAUUAAACAAAGCUAAUUGACUUUUUCGAAAAUGUAUUCUGAUCCUUCAAGUUGUUCAUCAAAUUUAACAGUCAGUAAUCAUCUUUAUGUGAAAAAAAAGAAAGACUAUGUGCAAAAAAUUCGAUUUUCUCGCUGACUGAUCGAUGGAAAAUGUCAAAGCAAUACAACAAAUUGCAGUUGAGGAUAAAAGAACCUAAGUUGCUUCUCUUGCUUCCACCACUCUUUGCUUUUGAGGGCAAUGUUGGGCAACUUUGGUGCAAGCUGUGAGAGCGCCAAGAGGAAGUUAAUAAGAAGCGAAUAAUCCUACUAAACUUGAGUUUUCUUGUAAAUUCUUCUAUGUGAAAAUAGCAGGCUUGUUUCAAAAGUGAAAGAAUGCCUAAUGCGCUUUAUACCUGUUUGAAUUAUCCCUUUGAUCGAAGAUACAGGGAAAACUUUUUGAAUGACUUUGGUGUGUUGCUGUAAUAACAUGCCCCAUAGCCUCAAAAGAUCAAAAGAUCUGUGUAAUAAAUAAAAUGCUUAUUUCCGUGGGUUAAUUCUAUAUAUUCUUCCAAAUUCUGAGCCGAGCAGAAUGGGGGAGGGGGCGGUUUUGUAAUUCUCCUUCUCCACAUUCCUGUUUAUCCACGUCAAAAAAAGAUAACAAUUUUUGAUAGAUCAGGGAAGUUUGAAAACAGAAAAAAAAUACACAUGUUCAGUUUUUUUUCCUUCUUUUAUUGAAUUAGUCAUUAUUUCAUUCAGGAAUGUUUUAAAAAAAUACAUAAAACUGAGUUGCAAAAUAUA